AUGGCUGGUGGUUUAGCUGAACUUAUUUUCCAAGUUGGUUUAUUGGCAGUUCAAGGAGCAUAUGUUGCGAUGGAAGUCAAUCACACACUCAAAUCAUCAGAACAAAAACGAUUACGUCAUGCUUUGGCUAAGAAAUCACUCGGUCGAUCAUCAUUAAAUAGUCAGUCGUCACGAGCUGUACUUAUUACAUCAAGUUCAACAAAUUUUGGACAUGAUUGUGAACGUAUUGUAAAUAUAGCAUUCCAAACUAGUCAAACAUUUCCUACGAUGAUGAGUAACUGUUCUGAUAUCGAUCAAUAUCUUCGUAAAGAACUUGCAAAACGAUAUUCUAAUGAAUAUUUCCAUAUUAUUAUUGGUGACUAUAAUGAAUUCGGAUUUUCUGUUGAUGGUGGUGAACAUUUUGUUGAAAUCGAAUAUGAUCAAUAUAAAGUAUUAAUCUUUUCAACUAAGCGAAAUCCAUAUACGAAAUUAGAUACACAUGAUGCUAAUAGUCAGAUGGCACUUGAAUGGAACAAGAAAUACUAG